UCGAGAAACAAAGGCUCGGCCGGAACUCCCUGCUUAGCAUGAUGGCCCACCUCCGAGCAAGCUAGCACCCUCCCGCUAGUCAUUCCAAUCACCUUUCCCAGGUGGAUGUCUCGCCGACGACCGUUCUCUACCCGCCAUUGGCGUAUUCGCUGAGUGGAGUUGCUGCGUCGACGUACGACGGUCCUUGUUCUGACAGGGGGCGAAUUCCUGAGCGAGUUAGGAGCAGACCAGCACAACAGGUUUGACUCCCUUGACCCGAGUCCACCGACUCGCUCGUCUCAUCCACGUUCGUAUCCAAUAAGUUAACUUCAGAUUAUGUCUGGCCUACGUAUGUAUGGGUUUGGGCUUGGGCUUGGAUCUUUCCCCCCGCUUCUGCGUUUGCUCGGGGCUGGAGACGGUAGAGCCCCGAGGGAAGGGAGGGGGGGGAGAGAGAGGAGAAAGUGAUGGAUUGAUUGAUGAAUGGUGGGAGGGCGACUCUUUGUCUACCUGAGCUUUGGCUGGUUCGCCGUGUUUCAAACUUGUACACAGUAUCUCCCGACAAUUGCCCUAAAUUCCUCCUCUACGG